AUGUCUGAAAUAAAAUCUUCUUCUCGAUAUUCCUCAAAAAAAAGUUUAUCUUAUGAAAAAGAUUUAUCAUCUACAAUUUCUCAAAUAAAUAAAAAUCGAGAUGAUAUUAUAAAAAAUAAAGUUUAUUGUCCCAUCGAGUUAAAAAAUGUCUACACCUUAUUAGAGGAGAGUGAUAAAAUAUUAAGAAAAAAAGAUUCAGAUAUUAAUAAUUUAUUUAAAUAUAAUGACAAAAUAUGCGAGUUAAUAAAUAUAUGUGAACAUUAUAAAAUUCAUAUGAACUCUCAACAAAAGCCCGAACUAAAGAAAACAUACAAUUCAAUUGAACACAAUAUACAAUAUUUAUGUAAACAUAUAGAGACUGCUAAAAAAGAUAAUAUUCUUUUAAAAAAAAAGUUAAAGAAAUCAACUGAUCCUUUAUUUUUAUCAACAUUAGAACAAAAAAAUAAACAGUUAUGUAUGGAUAUAGAAAAUCGUAAAAAAGAAAUCAAAUUUUUAAAAGAAAGUAUAAGAAAAAAUGAAAAACUAUUAGAUUCCAACAAAAAAAAACCGAACCCAGUAUCUUUAGAAAAAGAAUAUAGAAAUUUAUUAAACCAACAAUCUAAUUUGUGUUCUAGAUUAAUACAGUUACAAAACGGAAGUAAGUUAUAUGAGGAAAGUAUUCAAAGAAUUGAUGACCAACUUGAAGAAAUAAAAAAAAAAAUGAACGACCUGAACCUAGAAAAGAAAAACGAAAAAGAAAAUUUGAUAGAAGGCGUAAGUGAUAUGAGUAAAGAAAAUCUGGAAAAAAAAAUAUUCUUACUAAAUACAAAAAGAGAUGAAUUAAAAAAAGAAAAAAAUAAUAUUAUUAAUAAUCUUAAUAAUUCCUUAUUAAAAUUAAAAAAACAAAUUUCUGUUCUUGAAAAUGAGAAAAUUAAUUUAUUAAAUGAGGAAAAAAGUCAUAUAGAAAAGUCACAAAUAUUAAAGAGAACAUUAAACACAAGGAUUAAUAAAAUGAAUAAGAAUGAAAAUAAAAUAAAACCAUAUGUUAUAAAAAAAAAGGAUAUAAAUAAAAAAGAGUUAAUUGAACAACACCAGGACGAUAACACACUCAAAGAAGACAACAUAAAAGAACAAGAAUAUAAUGUAAAAGAUAUAAAAGAGAAUAAUGAUAUACAACAUAUUUAUAAUAAUGAUAAAUAUAUGUAUCAACAAAAUGUUCAAACAUAUGAUCAUAAAAUAACAACACAACCAUCUAAUUUUAUUGAAAGUUUAUUAGAAGAUCAAACACCAGAAUAUAAAAAAGAUAUUAGUCCAAUUAUAAAAACACAAAAGGAUUUAAGCAAACCAUGUGAAGAAAAUGGAAACAAAAAUGUAGAUAAUGAUAUAAACAAUGAAAAUAAUAUAACAAAAUAUAACACGAAAAAAAACAAAAAUAAAAAUAAAAAUAAAAAUAAUGUAUUUCUUCCGCAGUUCGAAGAAGACAUACUCCUCAAACUUCAAAAAACGGUUAACAUGAAGUUGAAUGAAAAUAAAGAAAACGACGAAUAUACAAUAAUGGAAGACAUAAAAGAGGCGGUAAAAGAAACAAUUGAUGUUAAUGUGGUUGAAGAUAUAAAUGAUGAUGUGGUUGAAGAUAUAAAUGAUGAUGUGGUUGAAGAUAUAAAUGAUGAUGUGGUUGAAGAUAUGAAUGAUGAUGUGGUUGAAGAUGUGAAUGAUGAUGUGGUCGAAGAUAUGAAUGAUGAUGCGGUCGAAGAUAUGAAUGAUGAUGUGGUUGAAGAUAUGAAUGAUGAUGUGGUCGAAGAUAUGAAUGAUGAUGUGGUCGAAGAUAUGAAUGAUGAUGUAGUUGAAGGAGAUAUGGAGGAUGAAAUAAUUGAAGAAUAUAUUGAUGAUGAUGUGGUUGAGGAAGACAUAAAAGCGGUAGUACAAGAUGAAGUUAAUGAUGACAUGGUUGAAGAAGAAAUCGAUGAGAUUGAUGAACACGAAAAUCAAAUAAACGAACUUGAAAUUCAUAAAGAAAUAAUUAAAGAAGAAGGCAUAUUAGAAGAUAUUAUAAAAGAUGAUAUAAUAAAUAAUGAUGAAAUAAAAAUGAAUGAUAAUAUAGAAGAUGAAUUUUUAGAAAAUGAUAAAAUGGACAACUUGAUAUUAAGACAUGAUGAAAAAAAUAAAACAUACAUAAAUGAUAUACAACAAUAUAAGAGUUCAUAUAAUAUAACAAAAGAAGAACAAACUUUUAAAAAGGAAGACAUCAUUGAAAAUAUGAAUAAUAAUUAUAACUUUAAAGAAAUAAAUGAACUUAAUAAAGAUAUUAAAAAAGAAGAAAAUAUUAUUUUACCUGUUAUUGAAAAUAAUAUCAUUACAAAUGAUCAAAUAGAAACGGUAAUCCAAAAUAAAGAAGAAGAAAUAAAUGAAGAUACAGAAAAGGAAACUUUGAACUUUUAA